UUUUUUUUCUUGAGCAAUUACUUGCGAGCUGCAUACCAACCUAAAGUAAGAUUGAAUCGUUGAAACCUGUGAUGAUGGACGGAUUACUCAGAGUACAUGGCCGGUUAAAAAAUUCAAAUUUAGAUGAAAACAUGCGACACUCCGUGAUAGUUCCAGACGGAUCCAGAUUAGCGUGGUUAAUAAUGGAUCAUGCGCAUAACGAAACGAAACACGGUGGCAUUCAAAUCAUGAUGCAAUUUAUUCGUCAGAAUUACUGGAUUACGCGCCUUCGUAGUUCACUAAGCAAAUACCUGCACAGAUGUGUUAUUUGUGUGCGACACAAUCAUCGCACAGAGGUCCAAAUGAUGGCAGAUGUACCCCCCGAUCGAGUCAGAGCAGCGACCAUAUCUACAAACUAGACGAAAUAGUACAUACUUGACCUUAAUAUUGCAGUCGAUGGCGUCAAGAUUCCGACUGACAAUAAUCCUAAAAUCAAAGUCUGCGCUCUUUCACUCCUCAUACGACUGCUAUUAUUGCCAAAGUUCAAAGCCACAACAAAAUCCUCAAAGAAUCGUUGUUGCCAACUUACAAGGCAAUCGCCCGGCCGGUCUUUAACUACGCCGCAGCAAUAUAAUAUAUAUUUAUGUGAAACGCAGACCAAAGACUACUCAUCUGACACCCUUCUCCCUUUAGUCGGACCCCGUCACGUUUCUUGGGCCUACCAUUGUAUGAUGCCGACGACAACUUAGCUAUAUCUUACCAUUCUAAAGGGGAUGCAAAAUGGAAGACAACAACAAGAUGCAAGAUAGCAAAGCAAAUAUGGCCUAGAAAGGCGAUAAGGUUCUACGACAGUACUUCAAAAUGACGCAUCCAGGGCUGAUUAAGCUCAUGGUGGGGGCAGUUCUACCUACCCAUCUACACUAGACAUUUUUAAAUAAAUUUUUAUUUUUAUAGUAACAAUUA